AUGGAGCUGGCGAUGGAGAACCUGGGCAGCCUGCACGGAGUCCCUCACUCGCAGCCCGCAGAGCUGCUGAGCCCGGCGCACGGGAGGCAGGGCUCGCACCGCAACCUGGUACCGCACGGCCGGCCCGCCAUGGUCUCGGGCAUGGCCUCCAUCCUGGAGGGGGGUGACUACCGCGCCGAGCACAGCCUGGCCACCCCGCUGCACCCCGCCAUGAGCAUGUCCUGCGAGUCGCCCUCCGGCAUGAGCCUGAGCAGCACCUACACCACGCUGACUCCCCUGCAGCACCUGCCGCCCAUCUCCACCGUCUCGGAGAAGUUCCACCACCCGCACCACCACCACCACCAUCACCACCCGCACCAGCGCUUGGCCGGCAACGUGAGCGGCAGCUUCACCCUCAUGCGCGACGAGCGGAGCCUGGCCUCCAUGGGCAACCUCUACAGCCACUACCCCAAGGACAUGCCGGCCAUGGGGCAGCCCCUCUCACCGCUGCCCAACGGCCUGGGCAGCCUGCACAAUGCCCAGCAGCCGCUGGCUCCCUACGGCCCCGGGGGCCACUUGCCCAAUGAGAAGAUGCUCUCGCCCAACGGCUUCGACUCUCACGCCGCGAUGCUGUCCCGGGGCGAGGAGCACUUGGCUCGGGGGCUGGCGGCUCCCAGCUCGGCCAUGAUGCCACCGCUCAACGGGAUGCACCCGCACGGCCACCCGCACGGCCAGCCCGGAGGGGCCCUCCUGGGCGAGCGGGAGCGCCAGGCCUCGGCCACCGGCUCCCAGCCCGGCGGCUCCGGGCAGGUGGAGGAGAUCAACACCAAGGAGGUGGCUCAGCGGAUCACGGCCGAGCUGAAGCGCUACAGCAUCCCGCAGGCGAUCUUCGCGCAGAGGAUCUUGUGCCGCUCGCAGGGGACCCUCUCGGACCUGCUGCGGAACCCCAAGCCCUGGAGUAAGCUCAAGUCAGGCCGGGAGACUUUCCGGAGGAUGUGGAAAUGGUUGCAGGAGCCGGAAUUUCAGAGGAUGUCGGCGCUCAGGCUGGCCGCUUGCAAACGCAAAGAGCAAGAGCAGCAGAAAGACAGGAGCCUGCAGCCCAAGAAGCAGCGGCUGGUCUUCACGGACCUCCAGCGCCGCACCCUGAUCGCCAUCUUCAAGGAGAACAAGCGCCCAUCCAAGGAGAUGCAGAUGACCAUCUCACAGCAGCUGGGCUUGGAGCUCAACACUGUCAGCAACUUCUUCAUGAAUGCCCGCCGGCGGUGUAUGAACCGCUGGCAGGAGGAGCCAGGCACCAACCCUGGAGUCCCUUCUUCUUCUACAAGCACUUUCUCCAAAGCAUGA